AUGAAAAUUCUAAGUGUUUUGUUGAUUUCUACAAGUGCACAGGACUACGAUUCAUUGGCUGGCGCCCUUGGUGCAAUAUCUCUUGAAGAUUUUGCGUUGCCAGAUGAAUUCGUUGGUGGAACCGACCUUGAGGAAGCAAUUAAUGAAGCUCUUGAUGCCCUCGUUGUUGAAGCUGCUGAAAAUGAGGUCGACGCAGAGAUAAGGUAUUUCGGAAUAGCUUCCGCGACGACGACCGCCACAACGCGAGGAACAACAACAACAACUCAAUCUCCGGGAAGCGGUUGCUUUAAAUGCGAUGCUAUGUCGAUGACUUUAUGUGCCGUUUCUGGAGUGUUCGAAACGUGCGAAGGAGAAAGUAGUAGCUGCUUCAUCGAAGUCCGAGAGGUUAAUCCACAGCUGACCCAGCUCUGCACUGGCUGCAAGAAUACACAGGCAUGUUAUAAUUUACAACAAAGUAAUUUUAUAGGAACGUACCAACAUCACCAAUGCAAACCUCACUAUGCUCAGCAGCAGGUUGGACGACGUCGGACAAACGAGCAGUCAGUUUGCCGACAGUGCUUUGAUCAGUGCACCCUUACUGAUGGAAAAUGCUUUAGUGCGCACGACACUAAUUUCGAGCAACCGAAUGUGAACAACUUGACUCCUUCCGGUGGAACUCCUGGUAACAAAUGGAUUCAGUACGAUUUCGCCGCUCAGAAAACAAAUCUUAUAGCUCGCAGUCACUUUGAUAAUCCCAUUUCUGCGUAUACUGGUUCAGAAGCAAACCCGAUCGGACUCGGAAUCCCAACUGGAGCGAUGCAUGAUGAAACAAGUUCUAUUAAGGAUCACCCAAAAGCUCUUCCAUUCGCGACCAUGAAUACUGACUAUGAAAGCGUCGCGACUUCUCCAACAACUACUGGACGAGAUCAAAGACAUAUGGUAUACUGGGGUGUUCUUGGAGCCCCAAAGUCAUGGUGGGAGUCUGAUUUGAGGCAAAUUCAAGCGGAAAUACGAUCUGGUGGAGCUGCAAAAGUUAUGCAGUAA